AUGGACCCGCCGUCGCGCUCAGACUCGAAUUUGAAAUGGAAAGGGAUGGGUGACUUCUGUCGGCGAUUUCCUGUCCUUUCGAAUGUUCUUCACAUAUCGCCCACAAAGUCGCAACAGCCUAGCAUGAGUCCUGAUAUUGAGAAAGAGCGCGAAUCGCCCUCUGUGCGGAGUGUUACACAGGAUGAAAUCGAAGCCCCUGCCAGCGAUACCGGAUUUAGGUCAAGAUAUCAGAGAUGGGCGCAAAACGUCAAAGGCCUCGAAACGAGGGGGAUCGAGCCGGUGCCGGUUGAAGAGCGGCAGGUAGUCAGCGCGUCGGGAUCUUUCCACAUCCUCCUCACAUGGUUCAGUAUGGGAAUGGCGCUGAACAAUAUGGUUGUUGGGACGCUGGGCACCGUCGUCAUGCAAUUGAGCUUCCUUGAUGCGGCGCUGUGCGCGAUGUUUGGGAAUCUGCUUGGUUGUUUGGCAACGGGUUAUAUGUGUACCUGGGGUCCGAGAAGUGGACAUCGCACCCUUAUCGUAUCUCGUUACCUCAUGGGCUUCAACCCUAGCAAGGUGUGCUGCUUCUUGAAUGUGCUGACAAACAUUGGUUACGGGAUGAUGAGCGCGAUGGUUGGGGGGCAGAUUCUGUCUAAACUGUCAGGCGGCGCUGUAUCUGUCGUGGUUGGAAUCAUCAUCGUAGCGCUUGUCAGCCUGGUGGUGGCCACGUUUGGGAUGCACAUUUUCCAGUACUAUGAAAGGUACGCGUGGUUCCCACAGUUGCUGGUGCUUUGCUUUCUACUGGGAUCGGCCGGUCCGGAAUUCGACUUCAAGGCCGCAUCUGUGGGAACUGGCGAGGAGAUCAAUGCCAAAAGACUGGCGUUCUUCUCGCUCUGUUUCGCGUCCGCAAUAUCUUGGGUGCCAGGAGCUGCCGACUAUCACGUCUAUUACUCGCCUGAUACCGGGGCGUGGAGGAUAUGGUCAAUGACGACCAUAGGAGUGAGCCUAGGCAUGAGCAUCACCCUCAUUCUGGGUGUUGGGCUAGGGACUGGGAUCACUCACAAUCCCCGUUGGGAGGCAAUCUAUGACGGCACCCCCGGCAGUGUCGUGAUUGCGGGCUAUGACCGACUGGGCGGGUUUGGCAAGUUCUGCGCCUUUUUGAACGUGCUAACGAUUGUCUCUAACAAUGCUCCCGGGUCAUACUCCAUGGCGAUGAACUUCCAAAUGCUUGGGGACUUCUGGUGUAAGAUACCGCGUCCUGUUUUCACGACUGUCAGCACAAUCAUUUACACGGCAUGUGCUAUCGGCGGGCGGGAUUCCCUAUACCAGAUCUUCAGCAAUCUCGUGCCUCUAAUCGGCUACUGGGUCGUCAUCUGGUUCACCAUCAUAGUUGAGUCAGCGACGAUAUUCGAAAGGGGCAGACAUUUUGACUGGUCUGCUUGGAAUGAUCCGCAGAAACUGCCUGUGGGAUUCGCGGCCACUGUGGCAUUCCUGAUCGGAUGGGCAGGUGCCAUUGUUGGAAUGGACCAAGUAUACUACACCGGACCAAUUGCAGGAGCAAUAGCUGGAGGGUGCGAUUUGGGGAUCUGGCUUGGGUUCGGGUUCACGGCAAUUGAACUGGUCGAAAUGGCCUCUUCACUGGAAGUCUUGUCCAGGAGGAUCGCCAGCACCCUCAGGGAUGCCUCUGGUCCCUCUGCUGGCUCAUCGCUGACAGUUUUAUCCCAAACCAUCGUCAAUAUCAUCAAGGGGGCUUCACCCCAGCAAAUCCUCCAAUAUGUGGUCCCCUUGGUCGCGGCAUAUCCAGUCCUAGUCGCACUGCUUCGCUUUCGGAAUGUGAAGCAAAUCCAUAAGAAAUACAAUUACCCCACGCAAGAGUCCUUUGCCCAAAUGACAGACGAGGACGCCUUCCAGAUCCAGAAGAACCUGGUGCAAUAUGAGUUCCCUUUCUUCUUUACAAAGGCCUUGCAAUUUGCGCUUUUCAGGACGUAUGGCAUCCCUACUAUCUCCCGAACUUUAACCAAAACAAGCCAAUUCUCGAAUGCCAGUACAUCAUACAAGCGAUACACAGACACCAGCGCACUGGUUCAAGAGUUUGUAGGACAUGCUCCAUCCAAUGCACGUGGACAGGCGGCUAUCGUGCGUACUCGAUACCUCCACAGUGGCUACCGGGCCUCGGGCGUGAUCCUAGAUGAUGAUAUGCUCUAUACCCUUGGCCUGUUCGCUGUGCAGCCCGUGAGAUUCAUCAACAAGUACGAGUGGCGCGAGCUCACCGACUUGGAAAAGUGCGCCAUCGGUACUUUCUGGAAGAGUGUCGGCGAUGGGCUGGAGGUCAGCUAUGAUGCGCUUCCUUCUGGUAAGGCCGGUUUCCGGGAUGGCCUGCAUUGGUUGGAAGAGAUCAUGGCUUGGAGCGACGCCUACGAGGAGAAGUGCAUGGUGCCGGAUCCCAAAAACCGCGAGGUCGCCGACGAGACGACGGCAGUACUGGUCUACCUGAUCCCCAAGCCACUCCACCACAUCGGGCUGAAGUUUGUCUCCUUCAUGAUGGAUGACCGCCUCCGCAAAGCUAUGUUCUACGACGCACCACCGCCAUCGUAUGCCAGGCUCUUUUCGUUCCUAUUGUCUGCGCGCCGAUUCGCCCUGCGUUACCUUGCUUUGCCUCGGCCUUACUUUAUGCGUUACCGCACCUUCACCGAGGAGCAAUCUGUAGACGAGCGUAUAUUCAUCACGAAAUGGGAUGGUGAUCCUUACUAUGUCAAACCCACCAUCUGGAACCGCUGGGGUCCGUCGGCUUGGUACAAGUGGGCACUCGGUCACCCCGUACCGGGAGAUGAGGGUGACAAGUACUAUCCGAAUGGCUACUACAUCUCUGAUGUUGGGCCCAAGUAUUUCGAGGGCAAGGGUAGAAAGCAACAGGAGGAAGGGGUGGAAGGGCUGAAGGUCUCGCGAACUGGCGGGUGCCCUUUCCAUUAA